AAAAGUCACUCAGAGGCUCUAUCUUAUCUAACGGAGCGACAGAGCCACAGGAAGUGGGAGACAGAGUGUGUAUUGUGGGUCAUUUUCAGAGGACAGGAGAAUAAUACACUGCUGUGCUCCUGUUAUCUAAUAGUCAGUCUAGUCCCACAGCAACAGCCUCCAUCCGCAGAGUGAAGGUAGAGACUCCUCACAGUGAGCACGUCUGAGGAUAUCUCCUGUGUAAGGUAGAAACCUCUGCAGCAAAAAUGGGAUGCUUUGGAUUCCUCAAAGGGAUGAUGGUGGUUUUCAAUGCCAUUAUCUUUUUGGCGGGUGCUGCCAUCCUGGGUGUUGGGAUCUGGGUGAAGGUAGACAGCGGCUCCAUACUCAGCUUUCUCGGGAAAAUAGAAAACGCACCAGCAGAACUCAGUCAGUUGCUCAAUGUGGGCUACCUGCUGAUUGCAAUAGGAGCUAUCCUGCUCGUCAUCGGCUUCCUGGGCUGCUGUGGAGCUGUCAAAGAGAGCAAGUGUAUGCUGCUGCUGUUUUUCAUCAUAGUCCUGGUGGUCUUCAUAGCGGAGGUUGCAGGAGCAGUGGUGAUUUUGGUAUUCAGACCUUUGGCAGACGAGUUGUUUACCAAGUUUGGCACGGCUGCAGUUGAGAACAUCAGGAAGGACUAUGGGGUAAAUCCUGACGUCACGGGACUGUGGAAUACUACAAUGAGCACGUUAAAAUGUUGUGGAUUCUACAACUCCUCCGACUUCGUGGGCUCGCCAUAUUAUGUGAAUCAUGACAAGCAAUACCCACCACAGUGCUGUCCAGGCAUUGAUAGUCCAUGUAAUCAAACGGUGGCUGACAGUGUCACGAUGAUAACGGGGUGCUUUCCAAAGAUCAAGCAGCUGAUUGAUGAAAACACGGUGGUUAUUGUUGCGGUGGCCCUGGGAAUUGCAGUUCUGGAGAUAUGUGCCAUGGCUGUCUCCAUGAUUCUUUACUGCCGAAUUAAAUCCAGGGGGGACUAACUGCAAAUGGCGAGGGCCUUAGAAGGAUCAUUUUAAUCACUGGGGCCUUUCUACUUCCUUUAUCACCCCGAGAGGAGUGAAGGGCGAAGAUGCCUCGUCAUUAAAGACAGUUAAUGUCAGAUAUUGUGCAAUCAGAAUGACAAAAUGACAUAACAAACCUAUUUUUACUACAUUUAAAUCUAUCUAAUAGAUGCUGCACAUGAAUGAACAUGAUCUAUUUCAUAAGAAUACUACACUUUGUAAAACAGGCUACACACACUCACAUGUUGUCUCAGAUCAUUUUUUAUGUCAAGCAGUGCUACUACUGUACGUGUGACACAUGGCCAGUUAAUGAGGAGUCACAUGACAUCUGCGUUCUUGUGAUAAUGAAACAAAGGCUGGCAUGUUGGACACGGGAACCACUAUUGUGAAUGUCGCUGCCAAGACACAGCUUGUAAAAUAGCAACAUAAAUGAUGGAUUAUUUCUAUGUAUGUUGUAUGGUUAUCAAUUUUGAAAUAAAGUACAAAGUAUUUCUAGACCUAGGUGAGUUUUUAAGUAA